AUGUCAGCCAGCACAUUGGAGAACACUAUAGGGAGGUCAUGUGAUCACACUGACUCCUCCUUCUGGUUUUGCAGGAAGAAGAUAACACAACAGGGUGAGCGCCCCGCCCCCCCAACCACGCAGGAUGACAGUGAUAUACAGAGUGGGAGGAGCCAAAAUGAACCCGCUCGGCGCCCCUGGGACAGAGGAAGCACCACGUUGCCCAGGAUGAAAUCCACGGUCAGCAGCACUGAGGCGGCUCCAGAGGAGUCAACCGAUACCAUGGAGAGGCUCAAACAGGACCUGCUGGAUGAGAUGAGGAAAGAGCUGCAGAGAGUGAAGGACGAGAUUAUUGAAGCAUUAACCCAGGAACUGCGCAGAUCCAGCACACCGUGACCUCAGACUCCUCCCCCUCUGACUCAGGCUCCACCCACAGGCUCAGCACUCUUCCUCUGCUGUGCAGCACCUUCAGAAAUAAGCAGCCAGGAAAGGCUUCUAGCACCUCCCCCUGUGACAUGGUCA